AUGGACAUUUCUUCCUUCUCGGUUGUCCAUCGACUUCAGCCCACCGCCGGCGUUGAUUCACACAGAACACGCAGCCGUCGCCGGACUGCCGUCUCCGUCGCCAUCGCGUCGCGCCGCAGUCCGCCGCUCAUAGCAUCGUCACCUUCAGCAGACGCGUCUCCUCGUCUUCCUCCGCCGCCGGCUCGCCGCCUCGUCUAUGUCAGUCGGAUCGACGCCUCGUCUCCGUCCACAAGAACAUAUCUUCGUCUCAGUCGUCACAGCGUCACAACGCCGUCAUCCACCGCCGUCCACUACCGCGUCGCUUCGUUUCCGUCAGCCGUCGUGGCGCCUCACCGCCGCGUCGCUUCGGUUCCGUCAGCCGUCAGCCGCCGUGUUGCCUCGCCACCAUCAGUCGCUGUCUUUGGUCGGAGGCUUAUGUUGAGACUAAUGGAUGUUUCAUGUGAUGUGAGAUUUUUUCUUUUUGAGGUUGGCAGUGAUGGCGAUGGUGUUACAGAUUUUAAACGUUCUAUCAGGGUUGUUCCAAUUGCUGAGUACGUUCAUGCUUCCUGGAUUAGGACUUUGAGGUUCAAAGUGCAAGUGUUUAUGGCAGGGAAAGAGAUAAAGAUAAGGAAAAGGACCCAGAGAGGGAUAGGGAGAGAGAUCUUGAGGGCAGUGUGUGUGUGUGAGAGAGAGAGAGAGAGAGGCAAAGAGAAGAGCAGAGAUAAAGAGAGGGAGAAGGAGUGGGAUAGGCAUAGAGACAAGGAGAUGGAAAAUAUUAAACAUAUAAGUAAUGAUGAAGGUGAGUGGGAGAAGGUUAAAAUGAGCAGUAAAGAUAAAGAUAAAGAACAAGGUGAGGACGAAGAUAUGAGUAGCCGUAAACAUAAGGAUGAGAUUUGCACAGCUAAGGUGCAUUUAGAUAAGUUUGAUGAUGAGAAUGCAUCCAUCAGGAAGCAAGAAAAGUCUAAGGUUGUGGCUACAUAUAUUGCCCUACAAGUUAGAUGUGGAAUGCCAAGGUUAGAAAUGGUAACGGACAAAGAGUUCUUCAGUCCAACGCUGAAAAAUGUUCUUACCUCCCUCACUUCACGUGAAAAGCCUACAACAAUUGCAUCUUCGGAAUCAACAGACAAAAAACGAAUCAGCUUCGACAAUCAACAAUCUUCCACCCCAGAAAGCAGCAUCCCAUUUACCCAUAUUCCUGAAUCAUCCACCCAACAAACUCAUCAAACCAAAAACUCCAAUAUCCCUUUAACGAUGCACGCCACCUUCAACCAAUCUCUCUUUUCACAUAACUUUCCUCUCGUCUUUCAUAGGCAGUCAUCAUCACGACGAAGGAGAAGCCCCACAACCGAGAUCCAGUUCUCGCCUCCUGAAGUCGACCGCAAGCUUGUAGAGAGAGGUGGUUCAACUUCGAGUUAUGGUGAUCGACGUCAGUCGUACGAAGAUGAGAUGAAUGUAAACAAACGAGUGAUGAGUGAUCGAGUACCGUCUUAA